AUGAAGGAUUUUGCAGCUUUGCCAAAAGAUGGAUUGAAUGCUGCACAUAUGAAUGCAAAACCUGGGGUCAACAUUCCACAAGAAUACAUUCUACCGAAUAUCAACUGUAUUACACUAGAAAGAAGAGACUUAGAUAUUGACCAAUUGAGUCAAAAUAAUCAUGUUAAAGCAUUCAUUUACAAAUUGCACAAAGUUGUCGAGAACUCAGGAAUUGAUAUAGGAACGAGUGAAGCUAUUACUGAUACAUUGGUGGCUCAUUUGAUAUUUCUUGCUGUCGACUUUAAUCAAUGGCCCUUGAUGGUUGAAUUACAUCUAAUGUUCAAAUUUUUUGUUGGUAAUGCAGUUGUUUCAGCAAAAACCGAAUUUAUAAUUAAUUAUAAAAGAUAUGCUGUGUUGAUCGUUGAUGAUAAACAUCUAGCUAACGUUAGGCCAGGCAAUGACUAUGAGGAACCACAAAUAUUGGCUGAAAUGCUUGCUAGAUAUUGGGAUGAACUUGGUGCAGGUUGCCCACGACAGCAAUCAGUUACAAUUUUUAGAUAG